AUGAGCGGAAACGAUACUGAAAAAAAGAAGCAAGAUGCUACAGAACUUCUUUCCCGUUUAGAUAUCACUAAGGAUAAUAGUAAAACGGGCAAUGCUCCUGUUGAAAAUGAAAAGAAAGCAGAUUCUGAUGCAGCUAAGAAAAACACUGAGAACACUCCAUCUGAUAACACUGCCGAUGGCGCCAAUCUAAUCAGGUCAGAGUACGAAGUGAAAGUGAAGCUAGCAGAUCUUCAAGCCGACCCAAAUUCACCUUUAUACAGUGCUAAGACUUUUGAAGAACUAGGCUUGUCUGAAGAACUUUUGAAAGGUCUUUAUGCAAUGAGAUUUCAAAAACCAUCUAAGAUCCAGGAACAUGCUUUGCCUCUUCUACUGAGCAACCCACCUCGUAAUAUGAUUGCUCAAUCUCAAUCUGGGACAGGUAAGACUGCAGCCUUUUCGCUGACAAUGCUUUCUCGAGUGGAUCCUAACAUAGCUGCUACACAGGCUGUUUGUUUAGCGCCAGCCCGUGAGCUAGCACGUCAAACACUUGAGGUUAUUCAAGAAAUGGGAACUUUUACAAAGGUUACAUCACAAUUAAUUGUUCCUGACUCUUAUGAGCGUAAUAAACCGAUAAAUGCACAAAUUAUUGUUGGUACGCCAGGUACAGUGCUGGACUUGAUGCGCAGGAAAAUGAUUCAGUUAGGUCAAGUUCGUGUAUUUGUGCUAGAUGAGGCUGAUAAUAUGCUUGAUAAACAAGGUCUAGGCGACCAGUGUAUCAGGGUGAAGAAGUUCAUGCCCAAGGAUUGCCAAUUGGUGUUAUUUUCCGCCACUUUUGACGAUGCGGUACGCAGCUAUGCAAGAAGAGUUGUUCCAGAGGCUAACUCCUUAGAGUUGCAGAAGAACGAAGUCAAUGUCCACGCCAUCAAGCAGCUAUUUAUGGACUGUAAUGACGAACGCCACAAGUUCCAGAUUCUCUGUGAUCUAUAUGGUGUUCUAACAAUAGGUUCUUCUAUCAUAUUUGUGCAGACAAAGCAAACUGCAAACAUGCUUUACGCAGAACUAAAGAAAGAGGGCCACCAGGUAUCAAUCCUCCACGGUGACUUACAAAGUACAGACAGAGACAAGUUAAUUGACGACUUCCGUGAAGGCCGCUCUAAAGUCCUGAUUACAACCAACGUUCUAGCUCGUGGGAUAGAUAUCCCAUCCGUCUCAAUGGUAGUGAACUACGACUUGCCAACGACAGCUAAUGGUCAGCCAGACCCAUCUACCUACGUUCAUAGAAUUGGAAGAACCGGUAGAUUCGGCAGAAAAGGUGUUGCAAUCUCAUUCAUUCACGACAGAAAGUCAUUCGAUACAUUAGCCGCCAUCCAAAAGUACUUCGGGGAUAUCCAAAUCACCAACGUACCUACAGGUGACAUGGACGAGAUGGAAAAGAUUGUUAAGAAGGUAUUAAAAUAA